AUGGCAUCGAGACUAAAACUUGACAAUACUGCGGGCUCAUUGAAGCCCAAAACCGCUGUGACAACGGCCGGGGUAAUGUCUACGGGAACAUCAAGUAAACGGGUACCAUCGACAACCGGAGGAAAUACCUCCGUUUCACCCACGAAGUCGCGCACAUCCGACAUAUCCUUAGCACACUCCAGCUUCUCUACACCAGGAAGCUCCCCUGCAAGCCUUUCAGCCAAGGCAAAUCGGUUGUACCAAGAGGCCAAAACCCAAAUGGAGCCGUCGGGAAAUAUAAAAACAUCUAUCAAGGAAACCGUGCUCAGUAAUAUCGCAGGGAUGUAUGAGAUCAUUCUCCGACUUAGUGAGUCAAGACAGACACUCCAGGUACAACUGGAGAAGUCUCGAGCAGAAAAUGCAGCGACAUUGUUAAAGCGCGAGAGGGAACAUGCGGAGCAACUAUCUGAAGCGAGGAAACAUAGUUCAUUACCCUCAACUGCAGCGUCUCCACCAAUCGAGCUAAUGAAGGAGCUUAUAGAAAAUUUACAAGACCAUACAAAAACAGUUGUGGAAUGCCAAAAACAUACAAUAACACUCACCGAACAACUUAAGCAACCUCCACAGAAUAACAUCUCGGAACGAACAUAUGCACAAGCAGUAGGUACUUCAAAACAUCAACAG